AUGACAUCGCCACUUGCAACCACAUUCGACUGUCCUAACACCAGGAAGAAUAAACGCGAUUAUGCAGCGCUUCAUAAAUAUGGCCUCCUUGAAGAGGAUAUCCCACUUCCGCGACCUCGAAAAAAGACGGUGGUCCGGUCUGCUCUUAACUCACCAAAUACUCCGGUUUCAACCUCUCCGACCUCUCCGAAUGCUCCCAGCAACGUUUCUAUCAGUUUAUCGAAUCUUGACACGGAUAUAGGCCCUUCACAAUCAAUAUCUCAGGUUGAAUGCGAGACUAAGUGUGUCGAAAUCAAGCAGAGAGACGGUAUUAGGUUGAAAGAGCGUAGCUGGGUGUGGAAAUACUACCAAACAACAACUGAAUCUGGUACGUGGAGAUUAGGAGAUAAGGAGCGGCCCGAGCUUAAACAUCGGUGUAUUGUAUCACCAUCUACAUGUCGAUUCUUCCGAUUUGCAUCGAAACUACGAUCUUCAACCACAGCGUUGAAACAGCACCUGCAGCAGACCCACAAGCUCUUCCAGGACGCUCAAUCAGAGCGCCAAGGGCCGCUAAGCUCAUGGAUUGCCAAAGAAAAGAAGCCCCCAUUCGAAGAGGCUAUCUUAGAUUGGAUUAUAUCUACCUGUCAGCCGUUUACAUGUGUCGAGCAACCUUCAUUCAAGGCUAUGCUGAGGUCCAUGGACUUUGAGGAGUCUAUACCAGGUGCGGACACGGUUUCGCGCCGAUUAAAUCUUCGGCUUGAUGCUCUUGACAGUGAACUCCGAAUCUUGAUGGCUUCAGCACCCUCAAUCGCGCUAUCUCUGGAUGGCUGGACAAGCCAGAAUUCAUUACCAAUGCUAGCAAUCAAUGCUCACUGGAUGUCACCUACUUUCCAGCAACAUCGAGCUUGUAUUGAGUUUGUUGAGAUCACAGGCAGCCAUUCUGGAGAGAACCUUGCUAAUAUUGUUGCGACGGUUCUUGAGAGAUUUCAUAUAUCUGAUAAAGUUAUUACCAUUACAGCUGACAACGCAUCUAACAAUGAUACACUACACCGAUGUCUUUUCCAAAGGCUAUGUCAGCGGUACGAUGAGUACCUGGCCGAAACUGUUAUCCGAGAAGGGACGAUGAAGUUUACCCAGAACUCCCAAAUCCGCUGCUUUGCUCACAUUCUCAAUCUGGUUAUGAAAAAAGUAUUGAGGUCGUUACGCGCCAGUUCACAUAGGGAAGCUUGUGACUUCCUUGAUGAUGUCACUAAGAGGAGCUGGAAGACAAUGACUGUUCCUACUUCCCCGAUUGCAAAGCUUCGGCUACUUGUCCUUUGGAUUGCGCGAUCUCCGCAGCGAAUACAGAAGUGGGAUAAUCGGCCUGGCUGUACAAAAGCCAUUCACUACGAUGUUGAUACUCGAUGGAACUCUACUUUUGUUAUGAUUGAGAGAGCUGAAGAGUGUCGCCGGCAGCUCGAAGAUACAGUCAACGAUGAGCCGGAUAUUGAAGCCCUACGUCUCACACCUAACGAUUGGAGACAGCUAUCGGAUAUCAAGAAAAUCCUAGCUCCGUUCAACGAAUAUACCGAGUACGUCUCUCGAGAUAGUCCCUCAAUUCAUAUGGCAGCGCGGAUGUUUGAAGAGCUCCGUUCUAUACUCUUGGCUAUUAAGGAACGGCGAGGCGACUGGCUGAGUAUCUCCCCGGCUCUAACCGGUCCUAUAUGUGAUGGAAUCGUACUUCUGGAGCACUACCACGACUGCGUCAAAGACAACGACAUAUACUAUAUCGCAAGUGUUCUGGACCCUCGAAUCAAGACCAAGUGGCUCAGAACGCUGCCAGAUGGAGAGAGGAUUAUCAACCGAAUCAGAGCGUUCCUCAAAAAAGCAUAUCCCACUCCGAAACAGCCUAUAUCGACUGCUCUAAACACCAGCUACAAGAGCCUCGAAUAUAGGUUUCUGGAAGCCUUUCAGCCCACACAGUAUAACGUCGCUGAGUCUGAUAUCGACCAGUAUUUCGAUACCCCUACAAUCAGCACUGGGUUUGAUAUAAGCCAGAGCCAGACUGAAUUCAUACGAAACUGGUGGAACAUCAACAGGCUUGAAUUUACCUGUAUGGCCCAGGUAGCACAAGAUCACCUUGCCAUACCAGCAGCAGAGGUGGAUAUCGAGAGAUUAUUCAAUAAUGGGAGAGAUGUGCUCGGAAUUCGACGUUUCUCCAUGAAAGGAAAGACUCUUGGGACUAUAUUGAGGCUGAAAGAUGCUGAACGUUGGAAGCCUGAAUAG